AUGACUGUCCAGGACACCAGUGGAUCGGAUAUUGUUUUUGCAGCGAUUGUACACUUGGCGCAAACUAUCCCCUCUCGUAGCCUACGUUGUAUUCUGGAAUACCGGGAUAUGUGUGUCGGGAAAACCGCAGAUGGGCCUUUCGAUGUAGUGAAUGGAGCUCUUAAUGCCCCUACCGUGCCCGGCUUGGGUGUCACUCCUCGGAUGGCUGUUCUCGGGGAUCCUGUGGCUACUUACAACUGA